AUGACCCGGCACGGCCUCAACAUCACCCGACUAGUUGAUAAUCUACUCGUCGUCCUCAACGAUGUUAAGGUUCGGGAAACGGUCCUGGACGCGACCUACCAUGACACCCAAGACCCCUGGUGGAUUUUUUCUCCCUGGGGAUCCCCCGUUCGGGCAACCACCAAGCCAUGCACGCCCAUGUCUUGGACUCGCCGGCCUUCAUCCGAGAGUGCCUACCCGGCAGACCACCUCAGCCAGAUCCUUUGCAUCGUGUACAGUAAAGACUGGGCUACCGCAAAGCUCAAACACAGCGGCAAGCUGGUCAACGCCCAGAAGACGAGGGAGCUUGAUGUGAACAUCGAGGUCAUUCUAGAGCUGGACCUGGAGGCCUGCAAGAAUAACGGCAACAUCUCCGGCAUAUCUUCGAUGCGGAAGCCAACCAAUAAAGACCCCAUCUCUUCUAGCGACAUCUGCCAAGGCCUUAUGCUCCUGCUAAUCGCCCCAGCCGACGAUGACGAGGCCAAAGACGGUCGUUCCUUUCUCGCUCAUGGUUACUAUCUCUAA